AUGGCGUUGGAUCAAGGCAACGGUUCUUUUACUGGGCAAACGGAAAGCCACGCAUUCGCUGGCUUCUUAUUUGAUGUGGAUGGUACCAUCAUAAACACCACAGAUGCCGUUACCAAGCAUUGGCAAAGAAUUGGUGCCGAAUUGGGAGUGGAUCCCGAUGUCAUUCUUCGCAAUUCGCGAGGCCGCCGCUCCAUCGAUACGCUGCGACUGUAUGAUCCCUCUAAAGCAACUUGGGAAUACGUUCGUCACAUCGAGAGCCUGAUCCCGAAAUUGUACGGUUCCGGCGUGACCGAGAUCCGGGGCGCCCGACCCCUACUGGAAUCUAUGGGGGAAGCGAACGCGCCGUGGGCCCUUGUCACUUCCUGCACUCGUACGUUGUUGUCCGGCUGGCUUGAUCUCCUGGCGCUUCCCCCUCCUCCGGCGUCCGUUGCUGCAGAAGACGUCGCAGCCGGCAAGCCGGACCCUGCUUGCUACAACCUCGGUCGGGAGCGCAUUGGCUUGGGAGAGCGGGCACGCGUGCUCGUUGCUGAGGAUGCUCCCGCCGGCGUGAAAGCAGGCAAGGCGGCUGGGUGUAUGGUCUUGGGUCUCGCGACUACGCAUGGUGUGGACCAAUUGAGAGACGCGGGGGCUGACUGGAUAAUUGAAGAUUUGACUUGUGUGAAAGUAGCUGGCAAGGGAGACGAUGGGUGGAAGAUCUCGAUAGAGAAGAUGUGGGUGCAAAACGAAUGA